AUUAAGAGAAUACAACAAAUUCUCUCACCUCGCAGCACCACAUCGAGCAGCGCCGUCCCUCUCUCACCUAGCAGCGGCACCGGAAGUCGCAGCGGUACCACACGUCGUCAUCGGAGCUGUUUUGUCUGCCAUUUUCAAGCGCUCUUAUUGAUUAUAUUCUAUCAUUAUGGAUGCUCCGAAUGAACUGAGCUACAAACCACCCCCAGAAUUUGAGGAGGUCAAAAGGGAUUCACUUAUCAAUCUUAACAUUGCAGACUCAACUGAGCUCUGGCUUAUACAGUGGCCCUUUAAUCAACAUCCAGGUCUUGAUGGGCAAGAAGUUUCGUUGAAGCUCCAUCAUGAUGGGCAUAUGGGCAGCUUUGAGGAUUCAUCUGGUAAAUCAUAUGAAGUGGUCAAUUGUAGAGCACAAGACCCAGAUGCAGUGGUCUUUCUAUCUUCUGAGUCUGAGCCAAAAAUUGCUGGUAAAAUUUCACGGCGUGUUUCCCUUAUCCACUAUCCGGAACCAAGUGAGCUGAAACAGAACAGUAUAAACUUGAAGCAGAUGAUGGCUCAGAGAUCGUCUGGUACUACAUUGACCAAUUCUUCUCGUCGCUUUGCAACUCCUAGUCAAAGUACUAGGACACGGAGUAUUAUGCGAUCAGGGAGUUCAUCCAAAUCUACCAUGAGAAAACAUGGUGAUGGCCACCCUGCAAAAUCCAAUGAUCAAUCUGUUCAAGAUUCAGGCAGAAGUGGUCGUAGUGCAUUGACCUCUUCAGGGUCCUUCGAGCACUCUCGAGAUCAAAAAUCAAAGAAGAAAAGGAAAACUGAUGGUUGAAGUGCUGCCUCAAGUGUUCUAAAUCGAAUUGUUUUUGGUUAAAGAAUCUCUUUCUAGCUGCUCUAGAGUGCGUUAACCAUUCAGCCAUGAACUCGAGCACGACAUUAGUUCUCUCUUAUGUUAGUUGUAGAACAAAUGUAUGAGGUUUUUGUGCCAUAGCUUGUGUGCCUUGUUAACAAUACAUGGAUUAGCAUAGAAUUGUCCUUUUAACACACCAAAUCAAACUUUGGACAGGAAAAAA